AUGAUGCUUUUGACUGAACAAAGUCAAGAUGACAGAUUUGCUUUCACUGCUGAAUGGUAUGACCCAAAUGCUUCACUCUUUCGGCGUUAUGAACUUCUGUAUUAUCCAAAAGAUAGAUCAGUUGAAAUGUAUGAUGUGAAGAACCAUCGCACCUUUCUGAAGCGCACCAAGUAUGAGAGUUUACACCUGGAGGAUUUAUUUGUGGGCAACAAAAUUACUGUUUUUUCUCGUCACCUUUCCAUAUUGGACUAUGGGGACCAAUACACAGCCCGCAAGCUGGGGAGCCGCAAAGAGAGAACCCUGGCUUUGAUUAAACCUGAUGCGAUGCCUAAGCUUGGAGAAUUAAUUGAUAUCAUUAUUAAUGCAGGGUUUACAAUAACUAAGGCCAAAAUGAUGAUGCUUUCAAGAAAAGAAGCAGCUGAUUUCUAUGUAGACCAUCAAUCUAAACCUUUUUAUAAUGAGCUGCUUCAGUUUAUAACAAGCGGUCCCAUUGUUGCUAUGGAAAUCUUAGGAGAUGAUGCAGUUUGUAAGUGGAAAACAUUACUGGGGCCAGCAAACUCUGCAGUGGCUCAGGCUGAUGCACCAGACAGCAUCAGAGUCAACUUUGGACAUAAUGGCCUAAGAAAUGCAGCUCAUGGCCCAGAUACUGUUGCUUCAGCUGCUCAAGAGCUGGAAUUGUUCUUUCCCUCCAGUGGAGGUUGUGGGCCAGUCAACAGCGCAAAAUUCACAAACUGUACUUGUUGCAUCAUUAAGCCUCAUGCAGUUAAUGAAGGGCUAGCUGGCAAGAUUAUAAAAGCUAUCAUCAAUGAAGGAUUUCAGAUCUCAGCUUUGCAGAUGUUCAACAUGGAGCGUACAAAUGUGGAAGAAUUUUAUGAGAUUUACAAAGGCGUCGUCCCUGAAUAUGUGGACAUGGUUACAGAGUUGUGUUCAGGCCCUUGCAUAGCAAUGGAGAUAAUACAACCUGAACCUCCAAAAGUGUUCAGAGACUUCUGUGGUCCUUCUGACCCUGAAAUAGCCCGUGUUCUCCGACCUGGAACUCUGCGUGCUGUCUUUGGGAAGAACAAGAUUCAGAAUGCUGUCCACUGCACUGACCUGCCUGAAGAUGGACUUUUGGAGACUUUCAUUGACGUUCAUUAA